AUGAAAACGAUUUUGUUUUGGGAUGCAGAUCAACAGCCACAGUCUACUUUCUUUGUGCGUAUACUCAAGGAAAAGGUCCAAGAAAGCAAACAAGAACAAGAAGAAUGUCCUUCCACGCGUGGAUAUGUCGAUGAUGAAUAUGACAAGGAAGCCGAUCAACGACUUUCGAGAAAGAUCAGCUGGGCCUUGUUUCCUAUUCUGAUGGGCGUAACCGUCAUUCAGUUUAUUGACAAGUUCGCAUUAAACUACUCUGCCGUUCUUGGACUCUACGAAGAUGUCGAUUUAACUGGCACUCAGUUCAGUCUAUCGAGUGCUAUCUUUUUUAUUGGACUUAUGGUGGUUCAAAUUCCCAAUAUAUACUUAUUCCAAAGACUUCCCAUUGCCAAAUAUUUUGGGACGUUCACUGUUUUCUGGGGCAUCUCCGUAGGGUGUACAGCUCUAGUAACUGAUUAUCCUCAGUUGUUAGCUUUGCGGUUCUUGAUUGGAUUCUUUGAAAGCACCAGCUUAUGCAGUGGCUAUCUGCUCGUCUCUAUAUUUUAUCGCAGACACGAACAAGUAUUCUGGCUUGGCGUGCUGAUGGCCGCAAACUUUAUCGGCAUGUCCACCUCUGGUUUAUUCGGAUACGCCAUUGGCUACAUGGACGGUCUCGCGGGCAUGCGUGCGUGGAAAUGGCUCAUGAUCAUCUGGGGCAGUAUCACUGUCCUGUUCGGCAUCUUGCUAUUUGUGUUUCUACCAGAUACACCUUAUUCACGCUGGUUCCGACUUUCUGAACAAGAAAAAAAACUGAUGGAUGCACGCCUAUUAGAGAACGGUACGGUCGUCACCCAUCGUAUCAACCUUGAUCAUAUCAAAGAAUCCUUGCGUGAUCCUCGUUAUUACUGCUACAUCCUUAUUACAAUGUUAUUUGUCUUGCAAGUGGCCUGUUCAACUACGUUCAGUUCGCAGAUGAUCCAUAGCAUGGGGUUCUCGCAAUUAAAUUCCGUUCUGUUGAAUGUUCCAAUCGGUGUCGCGACAAUUCUGCUUAUCUACCUUGCCAUAUUCCUCAAUCGCUAUUUCCAACAAUUCUGCUUCGUCAUUAUCAUCAUGCUAGCUAUCACCAUGACGGGUUUGAUACUAAUGUGCGUUGUGCCGCUGGGUCCAGCCCAAAUGGCUGGUAUUAUUCUCAGUAAUCCUGCCCCGUGUUCCGUUGUCAUUGAAGCAUGCAUCCUCAACAAUAUCUCCGGAUUUACCAAACGGACGUUUUUCAUGACCUCGUUCCUUAUUGCGUAUUCGAUGGGGAAUUUUAUUGGACCUAUUAUGCUGUUGGCCAGAGAAGCGCCAAGAUACUAUUCUGGAUUGAUUGGAUACCUUGUUGCAGACCUGAUUGUUUGUGGAUUGCUUUUGGUUGUUCGGUAUCUAAACAAGCGCGAGAAUAAAAGGCGUGAUACGUUGCAAGAUCAAGGGCAAAUGCCUCCAAAAACCGAGAACCGUCAAGAGUUGGAUUGGACGGAUGGAAUGGAUUUACAUUUCCGUUAUCGGUUGUAG